AAAAAAUUACUGUCAGUUGUCAUUGAGCACCAAUGAUUAGGUACCAGUGGUACCAAAAAUCGACGUACAAAAAUCAUAAUCUAAGUGAAAAAUUCGAAUCAUGACAAGCAGGACUAACAUAAAAAGCACGCGAAUGAAUUUUAAAGUUCCAAAUGAUCCAAUUGAACCCAAAGGUACCAAACCCACCCGAGAAGCCUCAUCUAUAUUGGAAGUUUUAGUUUUAAUGAUAGUGCACAUUUGUAAGAAGAUACUAUUCUUCGACAUCAAUUUAAAAAUAGCCUUGUACUUAGGAGCUCUGUUUUUACUAUCACUAAUAGCAGAUGUUCUGACAUUUCCAAAGACCUAUUUCUCGAGAAGUGACAAUCUAUUUAACCAAUAUUUUGUUAAAAUUGGUUGGUUUUGGACAUUAUUUUUAACAGUGCCUUAUGUUUUGUUGACAUCUUAUACCACAUGUUGCGGCAAAAAAAGACUUAUUGCUACUUCACAUCUGGUUCGAUUAUUAAUUGCUACAUUUUUUUGGUAUUUUUGGACUACACUUUUUAACAUAAUAGAGACCAAUUAUGGUCGCUGUAAUAUAAAACAACUGGGCACCAAAGUAGAAUGUUUAAAAAGUGGUUCAUUUUGGAAUGGAUUUGAUAUAUCAGGACACUGUUUUAUACUGAUUUAUUCAAGCCUAGUGAUGAUAGAAGAGGCUAGAGCAAUAAUUGGAUGGGAAAGAAUCAAGGACUAUAUUAGAGAUGAAAAAUACUCAAGAAGCAUAGAUGACAAAUCAGUUAGUGUGAAUCCACUCAAAAAUAUAAACACAGAAGAAUUAAACAUUUUAAAAGUAUCUUAUGAGAGCUUUACACCUUAUGUGAGAGCAUUUUUUAUAGCUAUAGCAAUGCUGCAGCUUUUGUGGGAUGUGAUGUUGGUAUCAACAAUACUUUACUAUCACAUUAUGGUUGAGAAGUUCAUCAGUGGAGUAAUGGCUAUACUCACCUGGUUUGUGACUUAUAGAGUUUGGUAUACCAUACCAAAUAUUUUACCAAAUUUGCCUGGAGAAGGAAUAUUCAAAUACAAUAAAGAAAGAUCAGGAUCUACCACAAAUUUACCACGCAAAAGGACCAGCACAACAAAUGGAAAACAUUUUAUGGGCAUGCCAAUUAGAAACUCAAAUGCUGCUGAAAAUGUCAGUGAUGACCAUAGUUAAUUUUUUUCUCAAUUAUAUUGGGAUAUGUGUUAUUUAUUUUUUGUGAUAGAAAAGGGGAGAUAAUAUUGGUUGCCUUAAUAUAAGUGUAAACUGGGAUAAGGUUUUGUAGUACUUAUAAUAGUGUGAAGUGUGCAUGAAUAAUAAUACUAUUAGUAUUGAUCUAUUCACACUAUAUUCAUUUAUAAGAUCUAUGUUGAAAAGUUUCAUAAUUUAUUAAUAAACUUUUUUUCUAUAAAUAUUUA